AUGUCUUCGCAGCAAACACAACAACAAACCCAGGAGGAUGCUUACUAUGAUCAGGUGAACCACGGGCAUCAUCCAGGAUAUUUACAAGGUCAAAUCGCGCAAAAUCAGCCCUAUGGUCAACCUGGCAUAUACGACCAGCGCCAAUAUGCCUCGGCGGCUUCGUACCCGGACGGGCGGCCUCACUUUUCAGCUACGACGCCCGAUGGUUUAGGGUAUUCGUACCCAUCUGGAGACGGCAGAGAAUAUCACCCAGGCGUGCCAACUACGUCUAUGCCGCCCCAGGGUGCAGAUGUCUAUAAUCCACCACUUCAUUCUCCCGGCGCCUAUGCGCACCACGGUCACUAUUUACAGCCCGGAGGAUAUCGUGCAGAUUCGAGCUCGUAUUUUGUGGAUGCAAGAAGCGGUGGACCAGCUGGGUCACCCGGAAUGCCUGCGCAGCAAGGAUUAGCAGCGACUCGGCCAGUUCCAGCGCGCCUCAAUACGGCACCGGUCUACUUAAACGACUCACAGCACAGUCCUUCUGGCAUCUCGUCUCAUUCACCGUCAGCCCUACGCGCGUCAGUCGAUCCCUUCAAUUCCUCGUCAUCCUUGUCGUCCCAGCAGUCUGGAGUAGGACCAAACUCGUCUCUCCCACCAUCUUCGACGACAAGUGCCCCCCAGGCUCGUCCUCACGUGUGCGAACAUUGCGGACUGGCAUUUGUACGCGGCCAUGACCUGAAGCGGCAUUUGUCCACGCAUUCGAACACGAAGCCGCAUGUCUGCGAAUGCGGAAAAUCAUUCUCCCGCAAGGAUGCUCUCAAACGACAUGCGUUUCUCAAGAGCUGCGGGACGGAAAAGACCAGCGGCUACGUGACAUCGGAGGAUUAG